AUGAAACGGCGUGACGUGUCCGUGCCGCCUCAUCGGUCGUAUACUGCUUCGACUGGUGCGAGCCCCACCACGAUGUCAUCUGCUUCACCACCGGCCAUCAGCACCGUGUGCGUAGAUGUGCGUGAGCUGCUACGCCACACUGCUGCUGCCUCGAAAGAUGCACCAUCCGGCGCGCAGGCUGCCGUCUCUGGUCGACAGCAAUACAUCGCUGUUUCUCCGUCCGCAGCACCCUCGCAGCCACCCCGGCAACCGCAGGCGACCCCGCCGCCAUGUCACAAGGCAUCGACCUUCUGGGCACCGUCAUACCCGCCGUGGGGCGGUUUCGCCGUCAACAGCAGACCCCCUCCGCUUUCGCCGACUGACGCCACGAUUCUGCACUCCAUUCUAGGCCAGCCGGCCGUGCAAAAAACCGUCGUGUCUGGCUUUGAUCAAGUGAUUGGUCGUAAGAGCAGCCCGCUGACACGGGAACCUCAGACACGGCGGCCCUCGGUGGCGAGCACGAGCCCACCGCCUAUCGACAGCUCGUUCACGUCGGGUACGUCAGCGUACGCCGACGAUGGCGUGCAGGCCUUCAAAGUCGGCGCAGCGACUCCACUCUCGUCGUUAUCUGAGAAGGACAUGUCCCCACCGACGCCGCUGCGGGACGUGAUGGAGAACUACCUGGAUGAGGAGGGCUCGAACUCUGCCGGUGCUGCGGUGUCCAUGGACUUCUCGCCGGCUGCACAACGGACGAUGAAGAGCAUUUUGGGGCAGCUGAACAGCUGUGCCAGUGGGCUUGCAGCGGCCCACACGAGGGCAGUGACUGAAAUGCCCACAAGUUCCUACCCUGGAGGUGUGGCCGUGUGGCCGGUAGCUUUUCGUCAAGCGGCGAUGCGAGCCAGUGCGGCGGGGCCGUCGGCUGCUUCGCCGCUCCCUUUCAGUGGUGCCUCUGGACACAGGAGGAAGGGAGGCGCUGCCGCCACACGGCCGACGGUGGCCCAGUUGUGGAGGCAGUGUCCGGCACUUGCCGCGUCAACCUUCAGUAGGGUGGACACCUCCCCGCAGAGAUUUCAACACACCGUGAAAGGUGUCGUAGCGCCACCGCAGGGCCUUGCAUACGACAGGCCGCACGUCGCUGCCCACCGCAGCACAGUUCUGCUUCGAAAGGCAGUUCAGUCACCGCCUCGCACUGUACCGCCAGCUUUUCGCCGGCAGCUGCAGUUCGCCGAGGAGGCGCCGACGACGCGCAGACCAAAGCGCAGGUGA